AUGGGUUUGGGCGACCGUAAUGUCAAUCUUGGUCAACCAGCAAUUGUUAAUAAUUGGCUAUAUUUUAUGUCUGAUAAUUAUGAAUACAGCUACUUCGGAUCUGAUCGCUUCUAUUUGCCAUACGUAGUGGCCUACUCACUCCAUGAUCAUACAUCUGUCCUGUUGGACCUUCCAAUUGAUGUUCUCCAGGAACCCUUCGACGGGAAGUUUGGGGUUUACACAUGGGGAUCUAGAUGGACUUCGAGAGAGUGUCUAUGUCUCGUAAGGUUUAUCAACUCUUCGUUCUCUGUGUGGACUUGUGUAGACUCGACUUCUGUAAUUGCUACUUGGGUUCAAAUUCUUCAUAUUACCAAGGAUGAACUAGGACUGUCUGGUGAAAGUUUUUCUCUCUUCUCUAUGUACAUGGAACCCAUAAGAAAUCACUACACUGUUGUCAAUGGAGACUGCUUAAUCUUUGCCACCAAAGAUAAAAUUUAUGCUUACAACAUAAACAGCCCUUAUCCGUGGAAAUUUUGUCAAGUUGGGAUAAAUGAAACCAGGACAAAUGUGAUCUUGGUUCCGUACUCCAAUACAUUUCGGAUUGUCCAUCGUGGUCAUUCGUCUUCCUUUAAAGAGUUUCUUGCAAACAACUUGAUUAGAAGAUAA